AUGUUGUUAAAAUCUACGUUAGAAGGUCAUACUGGCAACGGAAAAAGCUUCACAGGAACUAUUUUCGGUGCACAAGGUGCAAAAGUCGGAAAUUCAGCACAUUCAGUAACAACUGAUGUUACAGUUUAUGAUCUUGGAAAUGAUAAUUUCUACGUCGAUACCCCAGGAUUCGACGACUCUAACGAAAAUAAUAGUUAUGAUGAAACUGCGCGUUUGAUUUUUCGUGCUCUUUUAGAGAAAAAUGUUAGUAAAAUAACAACAAUUUUAUGGUUUGUAACAACCGGUAUCAGAGCAACAGCAUCGUUUAAAAGAGAAGCAAAGUUUAUAGAAUCGCUAGCAAGCGAUCAUAAUGGGAACGUUUGGGAUAACACUAUCAUCAUUACUAAGGGUGAUAAGAUUGAAACUGGUCCCCGAGAAGCAGCUAAGGAAAUUGCAAAGAAUACAUAUAAUUUGAAAAAAGAAAAAUAUAAUCAAUUGCCAACUAAUGAAGAUGAUUUGCUUGCAAAGACUAGUGAUUUUGCGAUUCAAUUGUUUGAAAGGCUGCCGCCUACAAAUGUUUAUAUUGAUCUUAAUCUUACAAGUUCACAAUUAAACAAGUAUAACAUUUUUAAAGAAUCUGAACCUGAUCGAAUUCUUACAAAGUAUAACACAUUAAUUAAAGAGCAUCCAACACAUCCUAUAAAAAUCAAUUUUAGAAAGGUCAAAUGUUUAAAUUGCCCUGAAGAAACUGAUCCACGACUAGCAAUUUCAGAGUGUCAUUUAGAAGCCGAAUCAUUUCAUCCAGUGACAAUUAAUACUCAUUUAUAUAAAACCAUACUUGCACACUCGAACAUUCUCGAUGAAUAUCAUCCGGGUUAUUUAAUAACUUAUCAUCCUGGUUCACAAAAGUUUAUGCACCCUGGCAUGCCUGUUGAUAGUCAAUUAAAUCUAAAUCCUGAAAGUUUAUUCUUGUUGCAAGAAUAA